AUGGUCCUUCUCCGUUCCAUAUACGUCGUCAUGGCCCUGCUCGGUGUCUGCGCAACCGCAGCCCCUACCGGCGACGUCGCUGCCCUCAACAAACGUUGCAUCCCCGACGACCCUACAUCCUGCAGCCCUGAGGACUUCAAGCGCGCUUUCCCCGAAAAACGCUGCAUCCCCGAUGACCCGAGCUCCUGUAGCCCUGGGGACUUUGGCAAGCGUGAUGUCCCUGUGAAGCGCUGCGUCCCUGAUGACCCGACUUCGUGCAGCGCCGAAGACUUCAAGCGUGAGGUCCUCAGCAAGCGCUGUGUUGUUGAUGACCCGACCCCUUGUCAAGAUGAUUCCGCUUAG